UUAAUAUCACACAGCAACACGAAUUACAGAUUAAAAAGGGAAGAAAAACAAAGAUAAUUAAGAGAGAGAUAGAGUUAGAAACCAUGGCCGCCAUUUCAUUUUCCAACUUCAUCGUCGCCGCCGCGAUCACCAUCGCUCUGUUGCAGGGCUGGCUUGCGGCUGCUGCAGGCUAUCCCGCAGUCACCUGCAACGGGCGCAAGUACGGGAAUUUGGACGUGAAUUACGCCGCCGCUGUGGACCAAGCUAUGGCAGAUAUGGUGGAGAAUACGGUACCCGGGGAAAGUCACCAUGCUCAGUUUCCCAAGGCGGAACCGGUCGUCUUCGGGCGUUCAGGCUGUGCCCGGGACUGCCAGACCAGCCUUGAUAUUGCAAGGGGCUAUUUGCGUCUCAAUUGUGCGUACCGUGUGGUUGCCUACGUUGACAUGGGGGACGGCACUUUUAUGGGUUAUUCCGACACAGAUUACUAAACCUCACCCAACAACUCGAUCGGUCACUUUUCUCUCGGGAUGAUAGUCUUGAGCUUCGAUGCAGUAAUGAUUUUGUUUUACAAUCCUGGCUAGCUAGGUAAGUACGCCCAUGCAUGUAAACGAUCGAUCCAUCGAUCGGUUUAAUUACUUUUACGUUAUGGCUAACGUGCGUAAAGACAUAUUGUUUAAGGUGUAGUUAUUUAUUGUCAUGAACAGUGCAGUCAGAAUUGUGCUUUAAAGCGUAAGAAUGUACGUUUUUACGCAUCUAGGUCACUACAACGAGUCAGUUUCCACCUAAAAUCAUUGUGUACAAAAAAUCGUCAAAACUGCAGCUGCAAUCGUUAAAAUCGGUAAAAACGUGUGUUUUGUGGUGUUUCUGUGCGAUUCCAUUCCUUGACCAUAAAAUCAAGUUGCAAUUUAACC